AUGUCUACUAUGCCAGCGACCCACGGACACAACGAGGCGUGUUGUAACAUCCCGCCCGUUGUUUCAACCGGAUAUAUAACGAAGGGUUCUUAUGAAGAACUUGGGGGUUACAAGACUUACGUCACUGGCCCGGCCGAUGCUGAAAAGGGUAUCAUAUCUGUCUACGAUGCUUUCGGGUACUUUGACCAGACGCUCCAAGGCGCCGAUAUUUUGGCUACUAGCGACAAGCACCAAAAGUACAAGGUCUUUGUGACGGACUGGUUUAAGGAAAAGCCAUUGCCAAUCGAGUGGUUCCCUCCUGACACUGAGGAGAAGCAGAAGGGCGUUGGGGAAUUCUUUGGCAACCCUGAAAAUCUCCCGCCCACGGUCGCUGCCAAGCUGCCGGAAUACGUCAAGGCGCUACAGGCCGCUAACCCUUCCAUUAAGUCCUGGGGUAUCUUAGGAUACUGCUGGGGUGGAAAAGUCGCAUCGCUCGUCACAUCUAGUGAAUCAAGUCUUUUCAAGGUCGCAGCGGCUGUUCAUCCAGGAAUGGUUGACCCCGCAGAUGCUAACGGCAUUAAGGUGCCGUUCAUUCUACUCGCAUCGGGCGAUGAACCCGUUGAGAAGAUUAAGGAAUUCGACGACAGGCUCAAGGUUCCUAAGAAGCACGUUGAGACUUUUAGUGAUCAGGUACAUGGUUGGAUGGCGGCAAGAGCAGAUCUUGCUAACCCGCGUGUUAAGGAGGAAUACGUUCGUGGCUACCAAGCGGUGUUGGACUUCUUUGGGAAAAACUGGUCGUAAAUGUGUAGAAGCAAGCCGCUCUACGGCUGGCGCCUGCGAUGAACCCUGACAGAAUACUGGAUUAGUGUUAAAUAGAGGCCUGUGUUCCACCUUUAUUAGGCCUGUAGGGUGGCGCUAAAAGUGCUACUCAGGUGUUAUUUAGGGCUCAUUGCUGUAAUUAGGGCACCUGAGCUUCCCCUAUAUUGUUACCUUCACAUGUCCCCUAGGUGCUUAUAUGGCUACCUACGUAUAGUGGUGUUCGGUCUUCUUCCCGCUUCAAAUGUAUGGGGAUUAUCAAUUACGUAUGCGGAUAAUUGUAUCUUCUGAUUUUAUCGAUUUAUUUCUAUCGGUGUUGAGUAAACAUAUAGCUGC